GGCGGGGGCUGCAGGGAGGCCUUAGCGGUGGAGGCGGCGGCGUCUUCGCGGGUUCGAGUCUGGGUGCCGGCAGUAGGGAGGCGGCCAUGGCGCGGCGGGCCGUGCUGUUCGACCUUGGCGGCGUGCUCUUCGGGCCCGGCCUGCAGCACUUCCUGGGCUCCUGCGAGCAGGACUGCGCCCUGCCCAGGAAUUUCUUGCGGAAGGUCAUGUUUGCUGGUGGCUCCGACAGUCCUUAUGCCAAAAUGUUGAGAGGACAGAUCACCCUGUCCCAGCUCUUUUCCGAGAUGGAAGAGGGCUGCAGGCAGCAUGCCACUACCUCGGGCAUCACCUUGCCAGACACCUUCUCUGUUGCCCAAGCCUUCGAGGAGAUGGCAGCCAAGGGGACGGUCAAUGCCCCCCUCCUGCAGGCAGCGAGGGUGCUGCGGAGGAAUGGGUUUAAGACCUGUGUCCUCACCAACAACUGGGUGGACGACAGCGCCGGGCGGCUCUUCACGGCCAGGCUGAUGAACCUGCUGCACCGGCACUUUGAUCUGGUGAUUGAGUCCUGCCGGCUCGGGAUGCAGAAGCCAGAUCCUGAGAUCUACACAUACGCCCUGGAUGCACUGCAGGCGAAGCCACAGGAGGUCAUCCUUCUGGAUGACAUUGGGGAGAACUUGAAGCCAGCCCAGGAGAUGGGCAUGGCCACGCUACUCGUCAGGGACACCGAGACCGUCCUGAAGGAGCUGGAGGAGCUCUCAGGUGUCCAGCUUCUCAACCAGCAAGAGCCAUUACCAACAGCGUGUGAUCCAUCCAACGUGACCCACGGAUAUGUACCCAUCCGGCAUGGUGUCCAGCUGCACUUCGUGGAAAUGGGGCAGGGUCCUGUCAUCUGCCUGUGCCAUGGCUUCCCUGAGUGCUGGCUCUCAUGGCGCUUCCAGAUCCCAGCUUUGGUCGAUGCUGGCUUCAGGGUGAUUGCUCUGGAGAUGAAGGGCUACGGGGAGUCCACAGCCCCACUGGAUAUAAAAGAGUAUUCCCAGGAGCAGAUAUGCAAGGACCUGGUGGUUUUCCUGGACAAACUGGGCAUCCCGCAGACCGUGCUGGUUGGCCAUGACUGGGGCGGUGCCGUGGUCUGGAACAUGGCUCUGUUCUACCCUGAGAGGGUGAGAGCUGUGGCCUCACUGAACACCCCAUAUCGACCCGCCAACCCCUUUGUGGACAUCGUGGAGAAGAUGAAAAGCAUCCCCACCUUUGAUUACCAGUUCUACUUCCAGGAGCCGGGUGUUGCAGAAGCAGAGCUGGAGAGGGAUAUUGGCCGAACACUGAAGGUCCUGAUCCGCUCCACACGCCAGGAGGACCGCCUGCCCAUCACAUUUGACUUCCACCGGGUCCGGGAGCGAGGGGGGCUGCUGGUGGGCUUCCCAGAAAACCCCCCUGCCAGCCAGAUCCUGCAUGGCCCUGAGCUGCAGUACUACAUCCAGUGCUUCCAGAAGUCCGGCUUCAGUGGCCCCUUGAACUGGUACCGCAACAUAGGACCCAACUGGCGCUGGGCCCUCUCUGCCAAGGACAGGAAGAUCAUGAUGCCAGCGCUGAUGGUCACAGCCGGGAAGGACGUGGUGCUACAUCCCAGCAUGAGCAAGGGCAUGGAGGAGUGGAUCCCGCAGCUGCACCGGGAGCACAUUGAGGAGUGUGGGCAUUGGACGCAGAUGGAGAGGCCGGCGGUGCUGAACAGGAUCCUGGUGGAGUGGCUGGAGGGGCUCCCCCCGGCUCCCUCACUUCCCACUAUCUCCAGGCUGUGAGCCCUGCCCUGUGCCUUCCCUCCUCCCCGGGCUGAUUUUGCCUUUAGGGUUGGAUUUUUGCCUUUAGGUAUUACUGGGUGGAAGUGAUGGGUGAGCCAGGGCUGGGAGGAGAGUGGCACAAAGCAUGGCCCCUAAAAGAAUCCCUGUGAGCUCUUAUGGGGGUGUUGGGAGAUGGUUUGGGGCUGGACCCAGACUUGUGCCGUGGUAGGGGCUGUGUUGGGGCUGCCCCGUCACCCCAGCCCUGGGGCUUCCCUUGCACAGGGGUUUGGAUGGAUCAUCCCCUUUGUGGCUGGAGUUUUAAUGUGGUGGGGAGGUUUUAAUGCACUGAUAAUCAUGAAUUCUGCCUUAGAAAUCACCUUCUGCCUUGUAACGUUGACAAAUAAAGCACACAGUGACCAGA